GCCUCGGACUUCAUUCGUUCUUCACUCCUCUCAUCAAACUUGCCAGGCGCAGGCGCAGGAGAUCCGAAGUAAGCCGAGGAGAAGCGCAGCUGAACACAAGAAGAAGUUUUUGAGCGAUUUGUUCGAAACGCAAAGUACAAGACGCGAUGUCGGCCACCUCCGUCCUCUUUCUCGUCGUGCUGUCCGUUUGGGCUCAGACCUCACAGUGCAGCCCCCUCACAGAGUUUUCCGAACAGAGAGAUGAGCAGACGACAGAUUUAUUCCAUUCAAGCCCAGACAGCGAGCAGACUGUGGUUCACGCACAAGUGAGUCCUCUGGUCUCGCUGCUCCAACGUGCCAAGAGGCAAACCCACCUGCCCAUGUGCCGCUACUGCUGUAAAUGCUGCCGAAACAAGCGCUGCGGAUACUGCUGCCCGUUUUAAGCGGGCAUGGCUGCCAACCUUAUUUAUAUUUCACCACGUGUACAGUUUCAAGAUGUCUAUUGUAUUUGUCUUUUUUUACUAAACUCCUAUGGACUUUUUAUUUGUAUUGACAUUUUUUGAAGACGCUAUUGAGAUUGUGAUAGGAACCCAAAAUUCUCCUUAAUUUCUCAGUCCACUCGGCGACUGCCCAGGAGGUCAAGCAACAGGAGGUUAAGGUUAGAAGUAACUAACCAACCCUGACCCUGGUCAGCUGUGUCCACUGAUGUAGCUUAUGGAGGAAUUGGAGAAGGUGGACCACCCUGAAGAUCUUCUGUGCAGUGCGGCUGCUGGAAUAAAGCUGUCUGAUGUCCGGCAGUCACAUUUCUAUGGAUGUAUGAAUGAAAUAAACAGAAUCUGAGCAAAACAAAA